CGUUCAGAUUAACGAAUAUUUCGGUCAUUGUUCUUGAAUGCUAUCGGCUUGUUGUUGCAUCGUGCAUAAACUGACUAACGAAAUGUUAUGAAUAUGCAUUGUAUAUUGUAGUAAAACGAAUAAGACUGUGUAAUACAAUAGUGUGUUAGAUUGGCCAAAAUAGUAAAAAUAACUGAGCCAUAAAUACAUGCUUUCAAUGAUUUACCAAUAAUUUAAAUUGAACGAACAAAUUGUGAAGAUCAAUUAUUUAUUAUAUUGAUAUGUAAUUCUGUGGAAAUUGUGUAUAUGUACAAAGAUCAAACGGCUAAUAAUAAAAUCGACGCCAUAUUUUGUUUUCUUUUGUCGUGAUUGCCCGACAAUGUGCAAACGUAUUCCAAUACCUUCUGUAUUUACAUAAAUACAAAAACUUUUAAAUUGGUAUUGAAUGUAAUGUGGCUUCCUCGCUAACUUUAUUAUGUAUUGAGCUGCAUUCUUGGCGUUUAUUUUGAAACCCAUAAGACAAACAACCAGUGCAUUUCAAGUGUAUAAAAUGCAUAUAUAUUUUCAAGCUUAUAGAAACAAUUUUACCUGUUGGAGCUAUGCAAAUAUAUGUAUGUUGCAGAUUAGUGAAAUUGUCACAUAUAUUUAUAUUGAGAUUAAGCACUGCAUAACUGAUUAGAUUUCCAAAUAGAUUUUGCUGGAAAAAAAUAGCCGAAGCGUUAUUGAAUAAAUCAUUUUUCGUAUAACCAUGAAACUGUUAGAGAGUUCCCGUUUCGAGGCCAUUAACAAUGCACUCUCCAUACAAACUGGCGGAAUCAAUAUAUUUGGGCGAAUAGAAAGCUAUUCGUGUAAAAUGGUUGCCGCUGAGAAGAUUUUGUAUAAACGCUUUACGGCAGAAACACAAGGCCAUGAUCUACAAGCGUUGUCACCCCCACAAACUCUAGCCGAUUUUUCACCAAACUUUCACCGCAACAAUAGUCAGUCAGGAGAUGAAGGUGUUAUUCUCUGUGACACAAUUUCACGGAAAACUUUAUUUUACUUAAUUGCGACGUUGAAUGUUUCAUUUGAACCAGACUAUGAUUUUUCGGAUGCAAAGUCGCACGAGUUUAGCAAGGAGCCUUCUUUGCAGUGGGUUAUGAAUUCCGUUCACUCAAACCUCUCUGCACUAGCUGGAGACCAAUAUCAAGUUUUGCGCCAACCGUUGUGGUCGGCUGUCGACGAUGAGGUUAACUUGCCAGAAUGCGACAUAUACAGCUAUAACCCGGAUCUGAGUUCAGAUCCUUUUGGAGAGCCAGGUUGUUUGUGGUCAUUUAAUUAUUUUUUCUACAACAAAAAGUUGAAGCGAAUUGUGUUUUUUACAAGUCGAGCUGUAAAUUCUCUCUAUGCUGGCGACACUUUAGACUUUUCAUUGGAAGAAGUCUAUUGAGAAAUGGCCGCAACUGGUUACUCUUUAAAUUGUUUGAUCACAUGAAAAUUUGUAUCAGCACUGGCAGGUGAGACCGGGUAAGGAAGAAUUCAUGCUAUGAAUAAAGGCGAUCCUAGAAAUAGUAAACCAAAAGCAAAUUAUUUUUAAGGAUUUAUCAACAUCAAAAAUGUACUUCGUUGAACUAAUAAAAAUUAAGAAUUACACAAAUUUAA